UGUCAAUUAUGUCAACAUAAAAAGGUUAUUUGAAAUACAUCUGAGUGGAACAUUGAAAAAUCAAAUUUUUACCCGGAGCCCCGAAAAAAAACAGCGGUUUUGCUCAAUAAAAUGUCUAACCGCAUGCCCCCGGUGGACCUAAAUAAAUUGAAGGCUAGCGACAAAGAAUUCAUCAGCCGCGUAAGCAAAGAGAACUUGGAUCGAGUUGCCAAAUUGAAGAGAGUUCGGCGCAAUAAUUGGAUCACUUUUGGGUUCCUUGGAGCCACCGUACUGGGUAUAUACAGUUACACUAUCUACUCGGUCAAACAGGAGACCUUCCUAGACGAUUUUAACAUACCCGAGACCACAAAGCCCCUUGGAAAUGUUACAAACUAA